UAGUUUUACUUUACCGUUCUGUUUCUCAGAUGUUCUUUACCCUUUCUUGCUGCACAAGAGAUACUCCACUUGAGAGUGUCUCACACGCACAUCCACUCCAAAUUCUCUAUUGAUCGCGUUAAUCCGCCAUAGUUGAUUUACAGUCCACGACCUCUGUAAACAUCUCUCACUCUGUUCUAUUGAUCUCGUUGUUUUUGUUGUCAAGAUGAUGAUCAGAAUUCGAAGCCGAGAUGGGUUGGAGCGAAUCACGAUCGACAACCCACACAUCACAAUCGCCCAACUCAAAACCCUAAUCGAAUCCCAACUUAGAGUUCCCGUUCAGAACCAAACCCUCUCCACCAACCAAAACCUCUUGCUCGCCAAAACUCUAGAGGACAUCGCUCGAUUCACCGACAUGUCCAAUCCCCAAACCCUAGUUUCGUCUAUAGGUAUCGCACACGGCUCGAUUGUCUAUCUCGCGUACGAAGGCGAACGAACCGUCGCCGGUCCCAAUGUCAAACCGGCGGGAUCAUUCGGACGCAAGAUGACAAUUGAGGACCUAAUCGCCAAGCAAAUGCGAGUCACCCGUCAGGAAAACCCUCAUUGCGAGCUCGUAUCGUUCGAUCGUGACACCGCGAACGUGUUCCAGAACUACGUCAACGAGUCGCUUGCUUUUGCGGUGAAGCGCGGCGGAAUUAUGUACGGCACGGUGUCGCCGGAGGGCAAAGUGGAGGUGGAUUUCAUCUACGAGCCGCCGCAGCAGGGCACAGAGGAUAAUUUGUUGCUGUUGCGAGACCCGGAUGAAGAGAACUUGGUGGAGGCGAUAGCUUUGGGGCUUGGGAUGAGGAAAGUAGGGUUUAUAUUUACUCAGACGAUAAGUCAAAAAAAGAAAGAUUACACGAUGUCGAAUGCGGAGAUUUUGCAAGCGACGGAGCUUCACGGUCAGAGUGAGUUGAAGGAGUGGGUGACAGCGAUGGUGAAGUUGGAGGUGAAUGAGGAUGGUGGUGCUGAUGUCCAUUUCGAGGCGUUUCAGAUGAGUGAUAUGUGUAUUAGGCUGUACAAAGAAGGGUGGUUCGAGACAGAAAUCGGGGAAGAAGUUGAUCCGAAGCUGUCGAGGAUGAAGAAGGAUGUGGUUGUUGGAGUGAAGGAUACCAGGGAAGUUGAUAAUGAUUUUUUCUUGGUGGUGGUUAAGAUAUUCGAUCACCAGGGCCCACUAUCAACGACAUUUCCAGUUGAAAACAGGAAUUCCCCAGUGACAAUGAAGGCGCUGAAAACCCAUCUGGACCGAACAAAGACUCUUUCAUUUGUUAAGCGAAUUUCCGAUUUCCAUCUCCUGCUCUUGCUUGCCAGAAUUUUAGAUGUCAAUGCUGAUGUUCCUGCGUUGGCAGUGUGUGUGCAGACACAGACAUCAGUGCCAGAAGGUUACCAGCUUCUAAUAGAGUCCUUGGCCAGUGCUUCUUAAUGUGCCUCUAUGUCCUUUUGGUGAAGCAAGACUUGUCAUCAGGCCGUUUGCGACAAUGAUGCUUCGGUUGAAGGGGUCCAUUGAAGCAUUCUCAAAUUGCAUUUGGACAUCAUGCAUGCUCCUGAAAGCUUUCCCGACUUUGGCAAUUUAAUUAUUUAUGUCCUCACGUUAUAACCACACAUUUAUAAAUUGCUUCAAUGUAUCUGGAUAUUUAUGUUCGCUAAAAUGAGGCUGUGUGUUUACAAAGCAAGCCGUCUUGAUUUUAAACAAGCAAAAAAUAGAUUUUAUGGUGCC